GCGUAACUACGGUGGUCCAGGUUUAUCUUCUGUGGUGCUGGAGGGUUUGUGGCCAGAUUCGGACUACACUGUGACUUUACGCUGUGGCUCUAAGCACAGUUUCUGGAAGUGGGGUGAUGAGAGCGGCCCCUAUAGAAUCCACACUAAAAUGGACCGUCCUGAUGCUCUUGAUGUCUGGAUGUGGAUGGACAGCAGUAACACAGGACGUGUUUUUUGGAAACCUCUGUCUGUGAGAAAACGUCACGGUGCGUUAGACGGCUACGAGGUUUCUCGGAGCUCAGCAGAGGAAGACGGCUGGACAACGGUUUCUCUUCCUCCUGGGAACUUUAGCUAUCCCAUCAUCCUUAACAACAGUAGUGACAUCACCGUUGCCGUGGCAGCGCGAAAUCCAGCUGGUCUCUCUCAGCCUUCCACUGUGACCACACCAGCAUACAGAGCAGAUCCCCAGCUGUCUGUGUCUGAGCUGCUCGGCACAAAUGGAUCAUUUGUCCUCUCCUGGGAGCUUAAUGUCAAUGCGAGCAGCGGGUACGUGGUGGAGUGGUUCCCGACUGGCUGCAGUGGACUCUGCCCCGUUGACUGGAAGAAACUUCCAGAAUCAGACAGCAGCUUCACAGUGAACUCAG